GCAGGGCGCGAGCCGGCCUCGGAGCCCCGGCCUCGGACCGCCCCCUCCGCGCCCGGCACGCCCGGCGCCGCCUUCCGGCCCCGCGUCCCCGGCCCGGCCCCGGCCCCGGCCCCGUCCCCGUGCCCCGCCCGGCCCCGGCCAGUGUGCUUCGCGGCGCGGGCGGCCCCGGAGGCUCGCGGUAACAAGUGGGCGAGGAUGCCGUGCGAGAUCAAGAAGGUGUUCGCCAGCCUCCCCCAGGUGGAGAGGGGCGUCUCCAAAAUCAUCGGCGGCGACCCCAAGGGCAGCAAUUUCCUUUACACCAACGGAAAGUGCGUCAUCCUAAGGAACAUCGACAACCCAGCCCUUGCUGACAUCUACACGGAGCAUGCCCAUCAGGUGGUGGUGGCCAAGUAUGCACCCAGCGGGUUCUACAUCGCCUCUGGAGAUGUAUCUGGAAAGCUGAGGAUCUGGGAUACCACGCAGAAGGAGCACCUCUUAAAGUAUGAGUAUCAGCCUUUUGCUGGGAAGAUCAAGGACAUUGCUUGGACAGAAGACAGUAAGAGGAUCGCAGUGGUCGGGGAAGGAAGGGAGAAGUUUGGAGCCGUCUUCCUAUGGGACAGUGGUUCUUCCGUGGGCGAGAUCACAGGACACAACAAGGUCAUCAAUAGCGUGGACAUCAAGCAGAGCAGACCGUAUCGGCUGGCCACGGGCAGUGAUGAUAACUGUGCCGCAUUCUUUGAGGGGCCACCAUUCAAGUUCAAGUUUACAAUUGGCGACCACAACCGCUUUGUCAACUGUGUGCGAUUCUCUCCUGAUGGGAACAGAUUUGCCACGGCCAGUGCAGAUGGCCAGAUCUACAUCUACGACGGAAAGACAGGAGAGAAAGUGUGUGCCCUGGGAGGAGACAAGGCUCAUGACGGAGGCAUUUACGCUAUCAGUUGGAGCCCUGAUAGCACCCAUUUGCUCUCUGCUUCCGGAGACAAAACCUCUAAGAUCUGGGACGUCAAUGUGAACUCUGUCGUCAAUACGUUUACAAUGGGCUCCACCGUUCUGGACCAGCAGCUGGGCUGCUUGUGGCAGAAGGACCACCUCCUCAGCAUCUCCCUGUCUGGGUACAUCAAUUACCUGGACAAGAACAACCCCAGCAAGCCCCUGCGGGUCAUUAAGGGUCACAGCAAAUCCAUCCAGUGUCUGACGGUGCACAAAAACGGCGGCAAGUCGUAUAUCUACUCCGGGAGCCACGAUGGACACAUUAAUUACUGGGAUUCAGAGACAGGGGAGAAUGACUCCUUUGCUGGGAAGGGCCACACGAACCAGGUGUCCAGGAUGACGGUGGACGAGUCUGGGCAGCUGGUGAGCUGCAGCAUGGAUGACACAGUGCGGUACACCAAUCUCACGCUGAGGGACUACAGUGGUCAGGGAGUUGUGAAGAUGGACGUGCAACCAAAGUGCGUGGCUGUCGGCCCUGGAGGCUACGCUGUAGUCGUGUGCAUCGGGCAGAUCGUCCUGCUCAAGGAUCAGAAGAAGUGCUUCAGUAUCGACAACCCAGGCUACGAGCCCGAAGUUGUGGCAGUGCACCCCAGCGGUGACAUGGUGGCUGUCGGGGGCACGGACGGGAAUGUCCGCUUGUACUCCAUCCUGGGCACCACGCUGAAGGACGAAGGCCGGGUCCUGGAGGCCAAGGGCCCCGUGACCGACGUGGCGUAUUCCCAUGAUGGCGCCUUCCUCGCUGUGUGUGAUGCCAGCAAGGUGGUCACGGUGUUCAGUGUUGCCGACGGCUACUCGGAGAACAACGUUUUUUAUGGACACCACGCGAAGAUCGUCUGCCUGGCCUGGUCACCAGACAACGAGCACUUUGCUUCCGGUGGCAUGGACAUGAUGGUGUACGUCUGGACCCUGAGUGACCCCGAGACCAGGGUCAAGAUCCAAGAUGCACACCGGCUCCACCACGUCAGCAGCCUGGCCUGGCUGGAUGAGCACACGCUGGUCACGACCUCCCAUGACGCCUCCGUCAAAGAAUGGACAAUCAGCUACUGAGGACCCCCCUCCUUUGGACAGACCGAAUCAGGGACUAGAGCUUAACCGCAGCAGAACACAUCAUUUCUCUAAAUAUUUCUGUAAUGCGCCCCCAUGCCCCCCACCCGCUCAGGAGGGAGGGCCUUCACUCGAGUGCCCUCGUCUCUCUGCAGGGUGUUCCUAUCUGUACACGUCCUUCUGAAAGCUUUAGACAGUGACAGUUUGCACAUGAAAAAUAAAACAAGCACUUAAACAACUUGUGGAGCGUAACUAAAACCCCCCACCCAGCCCAGCCCCGGUGCAGAACAUUCCAGAGGCAGAGCCUCCAAAGCACACAGACCCACCCCCGCGGCUCUUGCUGUCUGUCCGGGGAGGCCACAGUGGCAGGCUGUCCCCGACCUGCAGAACGCCCUGUGCUGGCGAGACGAGGGGGCGCCCGUGGCAGCUCAGCAAGGCCUGGGGUUCUGUGUAGAGCAGGUGCCGCUCGGGGCCGGGGCCCGUGUGCCACACCAUGUGGCGGCCUCCGCGGCCAGCAGGGCACACUCGUGAACCUUGUAUUCACUGUCAGUUUUUGUGCUUGAUUUCUAAGAAUGGAAUUGUGGGAUUUUUUUUUUUUUUUUUUUUUUUUUUAAUGUAUCUUAACUGUCGCCUGUCCGUGUUUACAGGCUAGCGCACCGAGGGCACCGCUGUCUCCGGGUUUUCGGAGCCUGAGUUAGCCAGACCCGGGCGUCUUGGCCACUGUUUUGCUCUCCUACUCUGAUGUGUUCCUGUCUUUCUUUCCUCCUUCUGCCCCCAAGAGCAAAGGUUAAUUUAAAGGCAGAGGUGACGUCACUGUAAACUAACCUGUCAUGGUUUUCACCUUCUUUUUUUUUUUUUUCAGUGCAGAAAUUAAAAGUAAGUAUAAAGCACGGUGAUUUGUAGUUUUUUUGCGUGUGUUGGAAUUACUGGUAAAUGUUGGCUGAGAGCAAUCGCUCCCUUUGCACUUGUGAAAACACUUUGAGCGCUUUAAGAGAUAAGACCAAGAAGUGAUUAAAUGUCUUUCUCUUCA